AUGAAUCAUCUACCUCCCCAUCAACAACAACAACAACAUUAUCAUCAACCUCAACAAAUGAUAUAUCAUCCAGGUUUACAAAUGGCAACAGCGCACAACAAUAUGAAUAGAGAAUAUGGAGAGAGUACGACAACUACCUCGAUAAUUCCACCCUCUGUUACAUCUUGUUUGACACCAACAAUGAGUUCUCAAGUAGUAUCGCCUAUCAUCGUUGGAGGAGUUCCAAAAAGAAAACUGGAAGAAGAGGACUUUUCCCUGAUAAAAAACCAACCACUAUUAGUUUCAUCGCCUCUCCUAACUCCUGUUUCACAGUCGCCUGGUCUCACUUCAGUUCAAAUUGCCUUUCAGAAUGCUUCCCUCUCAAAUCCACCAACUCCAUUGACAAUGUCACCGUCAUUGUCUCCAUCGGCCGCUCCAAUGUCACCGUCAAAGAAAAGUAAAAACUCAAGAUCAUCAGGCAAAUCAAAAUGGAAUCAAGGAAGUAGUGAUGAUUUAAGUCGAUGGCAAAAAACUAAAAGUCCAGGUAUAGUCAAAGGACCAUGGAAAGAAGAAGAGGAUGCUAAAUUGGUAGAACUCGUACAAAAGAACGGUCCAAAGGAAUGGUCAACUAUUGCAGCAAAGAUUCCAGGAAGAAUUGGAAAGCAAUGCAGAGAACGUUGGUUCAACCAUUUGAGUCCCGAUGUCAGAAAGACAAAUUGGACACCAGAGGAAGAUAAGAUUAUCAUUGAGUCACACUUGGCUCUUGGUAAUAAGUGGACCGCAAUCUCGAAGCUACUAGAGGGCAGACCAGCAAAUGCAAUCAAGAAUCAUUGGAAUUCGACACUGAUCAAGAGAAUCGGUGCCGAUGGCAAGAGCCACCAACCAAGUCCCUCUAAGGAUCUCAAGGAUGACGAAGACGACGAAGACGAAGACUCUGAGACCAACUCACCCGCUCUCUCGCCAAUCUCUUUGUAUCCGACCGAUCCAUCGUCGGCAGCAAACCAUGCACACCUCACUGGCACUCCAGUACAAACCACUGAACAGCAACAAUACAAUAUACCACCAUUCAUUCUGUCUGGAAACCACCAAGUCGAAAACAACCAAAUGCUAAACACCAAUCUUCCAAACGAUUUAUAUAGACAAGGAACUAUAAUAGCUCCACAAAUUAUAAGAUUACAACAACAAACCACUCCAUCAUCAUCACCUCAAAUGAACUCACAGAUUAAGAAAUCAGAUCCAUCACAAAACCUUCAACGACAAAUCCCUGCAAAUCAAAGUCCACAACUUCAUCAUCAACAACAAACACAUCAAAUUCAACAACAACCAAUACAACAACAAUCAGUACAACAACAACAACAACAACCAAUUCAACAACAACCAAUUCAACAACAACAACCAAUACAACAACAACAAAUUCAACAAAACACUCAACAACAUCAACAAUAUAACCAACAACAAUAUAAUCAACAACAAGCACUACACCAACAACAAACUCAACAACAACAUCAACAACAAUAUAAUCAACAAGGACAACAACAAUUUAAUCAAUAUCAAGUUUCACAUGAGGUUCCUUAUUAUAAUCAAUCAUUCUGGGGACAACCCACAGCAGAGAAUAUUGCUGCUGGUGAUCAUUUGGUAACUUUUCCCCAAAAUCCAUUUAUUUCUGAUUUUAAUUUUGAACAUUCCGAUUUUCUAUUUUUUGAUCACGGUGACCAUUCACAACAGAAUAAUAUUAAAAACAUAGACACAAACCAGAACCAGUCACAGCAACCACAACAACAACAACAACAACAACAAAAUAAUAGUCAAAAUAAUUAUGACAUUAAUAAUCUUUUUAAUGUUGAAAUUUAA